AAAUUCAAAUGUGAAUUCUUCAAAUACUCAAAUUCACCGACCAAAAGUUUAGUUUAUUACUAAAUAACAAUUUAAUAUCGGAUUAUACAUUUUGAGUAAGGUCUUCUAAAUUCUAGGGAGAAGUAUCUUUUUGAGACAUUUCAAAGAUAAUUUACUUUUUCUAUCCUUGUUUUUUCAAAAUAAACAUGUGAACAUCAUGGGAUUAACUGAUAAAUUAGAAAGGGGAUGAUUCUUCGAAAACAGUAAAAUCUGUAGUCCUGAAUUAUGAUUAUUGUAAUACAGACUUUGGUUUUCUUUCGGGAGUCGCUAUUUGCCGUAUUUGAUCGUGUUUUUCGUCCCUAUAUCAAGCAUUUUGCUUUGACAUUCAAUAGAAACAACAAUGUUUCCGACGACGAAGAGUCUGAAGAUCACGUGUUUGCUGAAUAUGAUGAUGAGAAAGGUGUCAUUUUCUGCCCUCCCAUGUAUGCACAAAGAUAUGCAGCAGUCAGUGACUGUCUUAUGGAUGAACGAUGGUGCGGGAAGUUAGAAAAGGUAGUUGAUCUUGGAUACCAUGAUAUGAGUUUUAUAAAAUACUUGAGGGAUGUACCUGGUGUCAAACAAAUACUAGGUGUGGAUAUAGAGAGUUUUCCCCUGCGAUGUUCAUCAGAUCUUUUUGGCAGUGAUGAGUAUGCACCUAAAAGAGAAACACCACUCCAUAUUUCACUUUUUCAAGGCAAUGCUGCUGACCCAGAUUACAGGCUUAUUGGUAGUGAUGCUGUGAUUGCUAUAGAGAUGAUUGAGCACAUGUACCCUCAUGACUUGGAAAGGCUGGUCCACACCAUCUUUGGCUUUAUUAAACCCUGGAUAGCUGUAAUUACAACACCCAAUGGUGAUUUUAACCCAUUAUUCAAAUCCCUUGAGAAGAAUGGUUUCAGAAGAUUGGACCACUUUUUUGAAUGGUCUAGGGAACAAUUUCAUGAUUGGUGCAGCAACAUUGUCGUACGAUAUCCUAAUUAUACUGUAUCCUGUAGGGGGGUAGGUCCAGGCCCUCCGGAUACUUUGCGUUACGGCUGUUGCAGUCAAUUGGCACUUUUUGUUUCUAAAGACUAUCACAAACAACGAGAUCUGAACCUGAACAGUCUGGCUUUGGUUGCGAAAGCGCCAUCAACAAAUAAUGAGAUUCAAGCGUUGGAUUUCCCAGACAGUGAUUGUAAUAUGUUAUGUUCACCGAAAAAAUUAAAUUGCACGACAUUACAAGUAAAGAAGUUCUCUAAGAAAACCCAACAUCUAAUGGCAAAAAACAAGAUGCACUCAUUAGAACAUACAAAAGAGGUUGUAGAUGAAAUCAGACAUUUGACGAGAAUGCUGAACUUCAACAACGACUCCAGGGUACAAGCAGAAGGAGAUCACACUUGGCACAACAUAAAUUGGGGUGAAAAUGCGCCAUAUUGGAAUCAGUAUUAUCAACUGGUCAAGGAAUAUACUUAUCCGUUUGAGCCGAAAUCAGAAGAGUGCCGCAUUCUUGAUUUAAUAUCGGAUGAGAUCAAUCGCGUUGUUGACAUGCAAUGCGAUGAAGACAUGGAUGUGAAUAAGGUUGAAAUUCCUAUACAUCAUCUUAUGAGGGUAGUCCAGCACAUUACAGAUGACGUCGAUAGAGUCAAGGAUCUGUUGGAGUGGAAUGGCUAUGAGAUUGCUGGUGAUGUCGUGAUUUACUCUCGAUUGACUAUUGACACUGUAUCAGUCAACUCUCACGAAAACGAGUGGCCCGACAACGAAACAUUCUCUGAUGUAAACAAAUGGUUUAUAGGACAGCCUACUAGUUAGAAACUUUCAGCUUUUAUUGAAACUAGAAAUCUUAGAAAUAUUACCAUUAAAACAUAGUAACUAAGUUAUUUGUUAGCAUAAUAGCUUUUUUACUUAAACAGUUGUAGAUUUAGACUUUAUUGCAAGUGUUUAGCGUUCAUUUCAUAUAGAUAUUGAAGAUAUUAUAAAUAUAUCUUCAAAAUCUUACCCAUAUUUUCCGUCUGAAAUAUCAAGGUUUGUAAUAUGUUAUAUGAUUUCUAGUAUAUUAGUAUUUUGAGUACGGUUUUUAAACUCGAAUUAAGCAAGACUGGUGAAAAGACUGUCAUCACAGUUUUGUAAAAGUUUAAGUACAUAUUUUUGUCUUUGUUAUGCGAGUGUUAUUUUUUUAAUUAUUAAAGUUUAUAAAUCCU